AUGGAGAGCGAAAGGAUGCUUAGGCCCACUGUGAGCUAUCAUCUGUUCCAGUACCGCCUCGAAUUGGCCCGUCGGAAUGCCCGGCAGCUGCGGCUUUCCCGCACCAAGAUCGAGAUCACCGACGAGCUCAUCUCCAAAACGGUGCGCAACCUGAAGACGUGCAGCAUGGACGACCUGAAGGCGGUCAACCGGGAGCUUCUGUUCAAGCGGAAACUGCGGAGCAACGUGUCCAAGCUGAAAAAGGAGGCCAGGCAUCGGCAGCCGGGCGAGCAGAAUCGACCCAAACAGGAUUAG